AUGGUGGACAACCCCCUCUGUGCCGACGUCCAGCUCCUGGUGGGCCAAGAGGCCACGCCUGUCUAUGCGUCCAAGGUCAUCCUCAUGGCCCGCUCGCCUGUCUUCGAGGCCCUCCUCGGCGGCAACUUCCGCGAAGGCCAACCUCCACCCUCGUCUUCCUCUUCUGCUUCAUCGUCGCUGGCGCCGGUGUUCUGGCACCGGGCGGAGAUUCGCGACGUGGAGCCGCGUACGAUGCGCCACCUGCUCCACAGCCUCUACACCGACCAGCUCCACCCCGACUUCUUGUCACCAGCCCCCUACAGCGACGACGGAAACAACGAUUCGACCGCGCCGACCCAACAGCAGCAGGACCUGGUGGCGCUCUACAUGGCGGCCGAUUGCUACCUGGUCGACAAGGUCCGGGCUCUGGUCAGGCGCGAGCUCGGGCGGAGCUUCGACGACGACGACGCCAACGUGCUGCCGGUGUUCGACAUGGUCCUGGCUGUGGCGCCCGAGCUGGCCAUGCACGUGUGCCAGCCCAUCAUCGAAACCCACGCCUGGUCGUUACUAGGCAACCAACACGCCUACCUGGAGGCCCUGUGGCUGGGCCUGUCAGACACUGCCGCGGCCCGCGUGGUCCGCAUGAACCUCAGGGGAAUUGGCGAGAUCGAGCUGUUCGGCGCCAUCCAGCGGCGCUACGAGCACCACCUCGCUGAGGCCAUGGAGCUAGUCGAGGACGACGAAGACGAUGAUUGUGAAAAAGGCCAAGAAAACGGCGAUGACAAGAAGAUGAUGAAGAAGAGAGAAGCAGCCAUCGCAGAGGCCAAGAACAAGGUGGCCGGCUUGAUCGAGGGCAUCAAGACGAGCCUGAUGAGCGUCGACGAGCUCUGCAGCGUGGUGGAGCCCAGCGGCCUCUUCACCGACGCCCAACUGCUGGCGGCCUACAGGCACGCAGCGCUCAACCACCGCUACGUCAUCCACGACCUGUGGUGCGGCUACUCGCUCUUCAACGGCCAGGUCGAGGAUGGAAAUAUCAGGUGGCGCCUCGCUGUGUGCAGGACCCCUACGAGCAGGACCCCUACGAGCUGGACGGUCGACUUCCGCAUCAGGACGGAUAGAGCGGAUCCGCACAGUACUGACAGCCUGUCGGCCGAGGGGGUCACGAUCACGAUCUACUGCGACCGCCGCUGCGUGAAGUCCUUCUGGGCCCCGGCCACAACGGUGGUCACCAUGCCUGACAGGCUGAGCGUCCCAUUCACCAUGCAGCCCCACACUGGGCGGGUGACAAUCUUUGUCCACGCGCCCCCCACUGCAUUCACCCAGGCUGGGCCGAUCUAA